UGAUGGUUUGUCCUCAGUCUCAGCCUCAGCUUUCCACAACUCUUCAAGUCUUUAUUUCCGUAAAAACUCGAUCGUUACCAUUACAAAAAUGACGUGCCAAGUGGUCCUCCGCAUCGAGUUAGAACAACUGACUUACACAAGCCCAGAAAUCGAAUUGAAAUACAGAGUGUUCCAAAUCUAUGGCCAGAAGCACGUGACACUGCAAAAUCCAAACCUACACCCCGAACCCAUGAGCGAAAUAUUCGUUGCAAAAAUUCCACGAAACAUCGCCAUCGAGAACCUCUUCAAAUUCUUCGCACAAUGCGGCGAGAUCUACCAAAUGCGACUCCUGAUGGACUUCAGUGGCUCGAACAGAGGCAAGUGUUUCGUGCAAUAUAUGCAUACGAAAGCCAGUCGCGAAGCUAUUUGCUGUCUACAUGACGAAGUCAUCGAGAGUGGUCAUAGGAUCGUUGUUAAAAUGUCUCUGAAUAAUAACCAACUGUUUCUGAGAUCAAUCCCGGAGACCAUCCCCGAGGAGGAUAUUAGACAACAUAUCGUUAGUACUAUAGGCGAAGGCUUGACAAACGUUUUGAUGAAGAAGUCAAGGGCACCUGACCGAUAUUACUGCUUUUGUACGUAUAGGGAUCAUCAAUUUGCAAUCAUGGCGCACAAGAAGUCGUGGCCCUUUCUUAGAAUCGGAAACAAUUUGAUUGAUGUUCAUUGGGCUAUUCCUGAACUAUUGCGAUACCAUACAUGUCUUUAUUUCACGAACUUCAAUACCGACAUUACAAAGAAAGAAUUUUUUGAAGCGAUUGUUAAACUUAUCGAUGUAAAAACAUUGAUACAAUUUCGUAUUUACGAUAAGUGCGGAUUCAUAACUUUUAACAAUGCAGACUCCAUGAAAAAAGCUGAAGAACUCUUAAAAAAUUUAACUAUUGGAAAAAAGAAAAUAAAAUUUAGUAGACGGCCUUUUAAAGCGAAUCGGUCUGGUCACUCUAAAAACACUAUUCACAAUACAGCACCCCCCACGUAUCAAUUUUUCUCUGGGGAGCCACCAGUGUCAUCAUUUCCAGUAAAUGUGUCUUUUUGUAUGCCUCCUAUGUCGACUGUUCCGCCAACUUAUAAUGCCCCUUAUAUUCAUUACUGGAAGUCAUGUUGGAUACCCGAUAUGUUCAAAGCUAAAUACUUUUACAGUACUUGAAAAAUAGUGAAGUGCAUUUUAUUUAAUCUUUUAUACAAAGUGGAAAAAUGUAAUUUUACCCUUAUCAUAUGCCGCUUGAACUCUAAAACAUUUUUACUUCUGCCUGAAAAGACA